CUCACACUAUCUUUGCCGCCCACAAUCACCCUCUCACCCUCAUUCCAUGGCUUCGGUCGAUGAUUAUGACUCACUGACCCCGGAGGAGCGCGAGAUCCGGGACAAGGAAGAAAGGGCAAAGGAGUUGGAGGAACAAGCUAGUCUACCAUACAGAUGGACACAAGAAUUGGAUGAAGUAGAUAUCACGGUCCCGGUACCAAAGGGCACUCGCGGGAAAGAUCUUGUCGUGGUUCUUCAGAAAAAGAAACUCAGUCUCGGUCUCAAGGGUCAAGACAAGAUCUUGGAUGGUGAACUUUGCAAGGAGAUCAAAGUCGAAGAAAGCACGUGGACUAUCGAGGACAACGAAGUUGUCCUGAUACAUCUCGAGAAGAUCAAUAAGCAACAGUGGUGGGAGAACGUCUUGACGCACCAUCCCAAGAUCAACACACGCAAGAUUGAGCCCGAAAACAGCAAGCUGAGCGAUCUAGACGGGGAGACAAGAGGGAUGGUGGAAAAGAUGAUGUUCGAUAAUCAGCAGAAGCAAAUGGGAAAACCCACAUCAGAUGAAAUGAAGAAACAAGAGGCAUUAAGCAAAUUCCAGGCGGCACAUCCCGAGUUGGAUUUCUCGAAUGCUAAGAUAUCGUAGGCCGAUGCCGCGAAAUCUGUGCUGCAGUGUACGAGUACUUAUGCCGUCGCUGUUCCAUCAUUCAAAGACGCCGCUUUCCACAACUAAUCUGUUGAACAAGUUGAUUCGACCGCACCAAGGGCGCCCAUCAGACAUCGGGAUCGUAGCACAUAACUCGACAUUGGUUGGCUGUUCCGGAGGUCUCGAACGGCAACUGUUGAUGGACCAACCAGACAUUGCGCAUCUCCGUCACAGCAUGCACACGCGUUUCAGAGACAGACGGGUACCACUCAGUACAUUGAGCACGAGCUGAGCAGGGUCACUUGAGCUCGACACGUCGUUCUGAUGUGCUCAUAACCCCCGCAAUAUGAGACACGGUGAAAUGUGCGCAACCCGACCGAGUGCGGGAGAGCCACUCAUAUCUGUAGCCGCUUGCGGCAUGCGAUGUAACAGGCUUAUUAUUAUACAUACUCGGAUGAUGGUUACGAUCAGAGUGGUGAUCAAUGGUACAAAUAGACACGCACUGGUUUCUUUCCCCCAGACUUUCAUCUCCCUCUUCAUCUGUGGCCGCAGGACGCCCUUCUCAUUUCCUUCAUUCCUCCGCAACUCGACAUCUCGAUUCACAUAUCCACUCUUUUGGUCAUGUUCUCGAAACUCUACAUCCUUGCUCUGGCCGCGAUGCUCGCAGGUCAAACCGUCGCCUCCCCUCUACCAAUUGCUCGUGAUCUUGAGCAGCGGGAACCCGAGCCUUUGGACACCAUCCCUGCGUACGUGAAACGCACUGUCAACACCAUCCCUGCCGAAGCAGCCACCUUUGCCGACGACACUGGCAUUCACCUUUAUGGCCGUGCUGUCAACUCGAUCCCGGCUGAGGCAGCCACGUUCGCCGAUGACACGGGGAUCCAUCUCUACGGUCGGGCUGUCAACUCGAUCCCGGCUGAAGCAGCUACAUUCGCCGAUGACACGGGCAUCCACCUCUACGGCCGUGCUGUGAACAACAUCCCUGAGGAGGCACCGACUUUCGCUGACGACACGGGGAUUCAUGUGCUCGGACGUGCUGUUAACUCGAUCCCUGCCGAGGCGGCUACAUUCGCGGAUGAUACAGGCAUCCAUCUCUAUGGUCGAGCCAUCAACAGCAUUCCUGAGGAGGCGCCGACAUUUGGUGACGACACGGGCAUUCACGUUUUGGGACGUGCCGUCAACUCGAUUCCAGCUGAGGCAGCUACAUUCGCGGACGACACGGGGAUCCAUCUCUACGGUCGUGCUGUCAACUCGAUUCCGGCUGAGGCAGCUACGUUCGCCGAUGACACGGGUAUUCAUCUCUACGGUCGGGCUGUGAACAACAUCCCUGAAGAGGCACCGACUUUCGCUGACGACACGGGCAUUCACGUGCUCGGUCGUGCCGUCAACUCGAUCCCCGCUGAGGCAGCUACAUUUGCGGACGACACUGGUAUCCACCUCUACGGCCGUGCUGUCAACUCGAUCCCAGCUGAGGCAGCCACAUUCGCUGAUGACACCGGCAUUCAUCUCUACGGCCGUGCCAUCAACCUGGUGCCCGAGGAGGCUGCCACGUUUUCGAACGGGAAUGGAAUCCAACAGUUCUAA